AUGACAGUUACUCGUUAUCUUCGCGGCCGGGAUUUUCACCCGGCUCCAGCUCUCCCGAAACCCCGCCGGGAUCUCCGCACACCGGGCCCGAGCCGGAGAGCGGGCGCCGCGGAGCGCGGGCGGCAGGAGGGGCCGCGGCCGGCUGGGGCGGCGAGCGGCCGGGCGCAGGUGGGGCCGGGGCGGUGGGUGCGCCCCCGAGGGAGAGCGGGCUCGCCGGCACAACCCAGCCCGAGGCUCGCGGCCUGGGCCGCUCGCCGCCCGCCCACCCGCCGGCACCCCAGGCGGCGCCCGACCCGCGGGCGGACGGCGGGAGAGUUGGGCCUGCUGCGCGCGGUCCGCGGGGCGGAGUGCGCCCGGCGCCGGCCCGGCGCGAGGGGGCGGCCGCGGUGCCCCAGCCCGAGGCCUGGCGCAGAGCAGCGGGAGGCGGCGCAGGCCGCGGCGGGGCCUGCAGCCGCCCGCCGACCCCGCGAGGCGGCAGAGCGGGCCCCGGAAGGGCUCGGCCUCGGGCUCGACGGCCGAAGGCGGUCGGGGGUGGCCCCUCGGCUACUUACCGGGGGCGAAGAGAGCCGGAAUCCCGGGGACCCGGGCCGGACCGCGGAGAUGCCCCAAACUGACACGACCGCCAUCUUGGAGACAGGAGCAGAUCCUCCCUGCCCACCUCGGAGCCCUCACCCCACUUCCACAGUGACUCUCCCGGAACCUGAGGCCGGGAGCUGGGUCGACGGGGAGUGGGCAAAUGCGAGAAGGAAGUUGCCUCCCUUCAUCCUUCCACUUCUGCUCGCAUCACUCACCCCACACACCUCACUCCUACCUAUUGGGGGGCGGGGGGGGGCUUCCCCUACGCAGGAACCAGACUGCUCUCUAGCCUCGCUGGACUCCGAAAAAAGAUAA